CCCUCUGCCGGUUGGGACGUCCUCCGUACGACCGGUCGCAGGCUUUUGAUUUGCCCUUUUCUUUCACCAAUAUUUUUCCUUCUCUCUUUCUCCAUCCAUCGCAUUCGCCACACUAUUAUUGCCGCGAGACCGGACAAUAAGCACGCUCGAGGCGGGGUGAGCGCAGAGAUGGGGGCCUCCAUGCGCGGCGAGGGAUGGGGCGGUGACCGCAUCGUAGCUGUUCCUCCUGUCCUCCGCCGCGUACCGCAUUUAUACCUCGCCAGUACCACCCCCCCACUCCCCCCCCUGUGCCGGGCUCGCAGUCCAUGUCCCCCCUUGCUCCGCGCGCUCAACUUACCGCGGCGCGCAGUAACGCCUCCCUUUACUGUUACCUCUACCUCUGAUAUAUACUGCUGCUACGACUACUGCUCCUGCUGCUGAGGCGUUGGAUCCGGUGACUCGCCAACGAUAAUGGCGGCCGCGGAUCCGCGAGCGGCGACGACGCCGCCGCAGGUGGUGGCGCCGCCGCCCAGCCCGAAGUCGCCGCCCAGGUACCCGGACCUCUGCGGCCGGCGGAGGCUGCUGCUCGAGGUGCAGAUCUUGAACCGGGAGAUCGGCUUUCUCGAGGAGGAGUUACAAUCACUUGAAGGACUUCAACCUGUCUCAAGAUGCUGCAAGGAGGUCAACGAAUUUAUGGGGACAAAACCAGAUCCUCUUAUACUUAUAAAUAAGAAGAGACACAAGUCUUGUCGCUUUUGGAGGUGGCUUGGAUCAAAACUUUGCCUUGGGUUCUCAUGGAUGUGCUGCUCCAGUGGAAGCUUGCUAGAGCUCAAAAGACCGAGCUGCGGAUGCCCAUGCUCAGAGACUUGCAGCUGUUGCCAAAUGAAUUGCACCUGUUGCCCAGAGAAUUGCAGCUGCCACCCAAGUAUCUGCAACUGUUGCCCAAGAAAUUGCGACUGCUGCCAAGAUAAUUGCAGGUGUUGCCCAAGGAACUGCGACUGUUGCCCAAACAACUGUGACUGUUGCCUGAAGAACUCCAACUGCUGCCCAAAGGACUGUGACUGCUGUCCCAAGAACUGCAACUGCAAUUGUUGCCCGAGGAACUGCAACUGCAAUUGUUACCCGAAGAACUGCAACUGCUGUCCAAAGAACUGCAACUGCUGUCCGGACAGCUGUGACUGCUGUCCAAAGAACUGCUUCCCAAAGAGCUGCAAUUGCUGCCCGAAGGGCUGCGACUGCUGUCCGAAGAGCUGCGACUGCUGCCCGAAGACCUGCUUCCAAAGAGCUGCAAGUGCUGCCCAAAGAGCUGCGACUGCUGCCCGAAGAACUGCUUCCCAAAGAGCUGCAAGUGCUGCCCAAAGAGCUGCGACUGCUGCCCGAAGAACUGCAUGUGCUGCCCGAAGAGCUGUAGCUGGUUCCUGGAGAACUGCAUCUGCUGCCCGAAGAAGUGCAGCCUCUGUCCGAAGAAGUGCAGCUGUUUCCCAAAGAACUGCAGCUGUUGCCACUUUGAAUGUGAAUGCCCCUCUUGCCUUUGCUGCGAGGUCCCAUCCUGCAGACCAAGCUGCAGUUGCUGCGAUGGUUUCUUCUGCAAAACGCGUGGCAGCUGCCUUGAUGUUUCCAGCUGCAGGCCAUGUUGCAAUUGCUCGGAUCUUUCCUGCUUCAGGUCUGUUUGCUGCAACUGGGGUGUUUCGUGCUUCAGACCCCAAUGCUGUCGCUGGGGAUUUUCCUGCUCCAGACCACGAUGCUGCGGCUGGGGGUUUCCUUGCUCCAGAACACGAUGCAUCCUUCCAAACCUCUCCUGCCCUCAGUAUUCCUGUGGCUGCAUCUGGUCCUGCCCAAGAUGUACAGAGGUAUGUCUGUGCCCAAAAUGCCCUAAAACUUGCUGUAUUACUGGAUGUCUAUGUUAGGUUAGAUUAUGGCAUUGUAUUCCUUUUAUGGCCAGUUCUUUCGAUAUGCCAUAUUAUUCUAUUGGAAUUCUGAAUCAUAAUAUAUGUGAAAUUAAAAUUUUUGUCC